GGGUCCUACGUGCCACUUGUGAGCGUAGUGCGCCUGCGUGCUGGCAUGUAAACAGCAGGCGCAGCAGCACAACCGCCCAGAGUCAGGCAGUCAGUCAAGCCGGAGAGGUGCGGAAUUGUUAGUGUGUACGUGGGGGUGUGCGGAUCGAACAGAAGGAAAACACAGCAGCUAAAUAUCUGACGGACGUUUUAUUCAAUUCGUGGAAACUGCUAGAAGAGCUGGUGGAGAGUAAUAGACGCGAAAUGAGAGUAGUGUGUUCCUGCCGGUAGGCAACACGGGCAGAGCUGCCUUUUUUUGUGCGGGGUGGGGUGUUCGGACGAACUGGUGUAGCUCGCCGGGGGUUUUGAUGCUUUUUAGAGUUUAAAAAAACGCAGAGUGCCAAACAACCGUUCGACUUUGAGCCGAUGCUCUUGUUUUGUGUCAGUUGAAGGAAACCGAAAACAAAACCAAAAACAGGGGACGACGAAGAGGAAGAAGAAGAGGAGGAGGAGGAGGAGGAGGAGGCCGUUCGAAUACCCGAGUAGUUUGCGAAUUGGCUGUCCACUUCUGAGGCAGACGCCGUAUUGAAGUACCAGCAUAAUGUUAAACCGGGGCCCAGCGGCCAGGCAGGCGGGCAACAGCAACGCGAUGACCAAGAUAUGAGUAAUCAUCAGGCUGGACCGGGGCUUCCCUUUAUAUAACUCCGUUUAUGACACACGUACAAAGAAGUGCUUGAGCUGAAAAAGAGACAGUGGCUCCAUGUUAUCCGAAAACAGGAAGCGUCCCCGCAGCUGUGAUCAUGAAGACCACCAGCUCCUCCCGCAGCCAAAGCGAAGCAGCAGCAGCAGUAAUCAUUUACUCCCAGAAGUGGGCCGGGAUGCCUGGGACUCUGAGUCUUCAAGCAGUGAGAGCAGCGCCAUCAGCAGCCCCGAGUGUCCUGGUGCCAGCAGUCAGUUUGCAGAAGCGGGAGGAGGUGGAGGGCUCUUAAAUCCAGGGACUUCCAACCCUGCUACCUCUCUUUCUGUGCACUUUACUGAAGAGUCAGUUCUGCAGGAUCAGGACUGCUACCAACGAAUCAACCGCAUUCUGCGGGAGGCGCACUUCCACAGUCUGCAGAGCCGCGCCCACCCUGGGACCACGUGACUCCCCGCAGUGCCACACCUCUGCUGCUCGACUUCCUCUAAGGGAUGAGGGAGGCGGUGUCCCACCCCCCCCAACUCCCCCUCCACUGCACGCCUUGAUUGCCAAGACACACGAGGGCCUCUGGUAAUGUGGCUUUUCCAGAUUGUUUCCCUGAGUACUGCUUUGUUUUGCAAUUUUUUUUUUUUUGAGGGGUCAACUUUCACCCCCCACCCCCCUUUCACAUUUGCUUGGGGGUGGGGUCAGGGGAUGUACAGCGAGACUGCGGGUAAAUAAAAUGUUUGCAGUAUGUGUUUUUCCUAAUGUCCAUUAUCCACAAGUGCUUUUUUGAUGAUGAAAAAUGGAGCACAUGAAUCUUGUUAGUUUACACCACACGUGUUCUCACCGUUCAUCCUGAGAGCAAGCAGACUGCUGGAAAGUGUCAUUACGGGUGUGUUACGGUCUAUUACAAAUCCCCAAAUAGGGCGAAGAGCACCUCUUCUUUGAUUAUGGUUUAAAGGACAACUCCAGCGUCCCCCUUGUCAGUUUCUGUAGUCCCCUUUCUCUUCUUAUUCCUCAACCCGCAACUGUACAGACAGUUCUUGAGCAAAAAACGUACUGAAUAUGUCUUCUGUUAGUCAGUAGGACUGGGAUGAAGAAAAGCGGAGUUUAAAAAUCCUUGCCAUAGGUAAGGCUGUGGAGAUUCCCCAUAACCCAUCUGCCCCGCUGCUUAUUUUCUAGAAAAAGAAAAACAAAAAAAAACAACAAAUUGAUCAAAUUGCACCAGCCAGAGCACAAAGAAAGCCACCAUCAGGACAACCUGCUAGCACUUGAGUCUCCUACUGUCCAACAGACUGCAAUUUGCCAAAGUGUGCGGCGGAGGGGCUGCUCUGCUCGUCUUAAGAGCCUUGUGUCCUCGAGCUAAAGGGCUACACAAUCAUUCAGUCGCACCGCAGCCCACCGUGCCCACAACCCACACAUUUUGCACUACCGUUUGUGUAUUGUCCGGCUGCUUUGUGUUGUUGUCAAAUGCCCCCAAUUCUACCCCCCACCCCACCCCUUACUAAACCCCUAAGAGGCAUAUGAUGCAGUUGAAUGAUGAACGAAUGAUGCAGAUGUUUCUCUAAAUUCGCUCGUCAGUCUAAUUUUUAUUAUUUUGGAGAAACCCACAGGCAGCACUUGAGCGUUUUGGUGAGUGGUAGCCAUUGACACUGCAGGAGAGGUGGGUGAAAGAGAGAGACCCUCGGUUUUGUGAGUCUAAACGUCCUCAGCCUUUGUUUCAGUUGCCUCCCCACCGUCCGUCUCUAAGGUUCAUUCCUCCAGCACACAUUUGUGGACGUCACUUGUACAUUUUUAACACACUUUUUUUAUUUUUAUUUUAUUUUUUCAAGGAGUAAUUGCCGUACAUUGGAACUGCAGUAGGUAGUGUAGGACAUUAAUGGUGAAUAUUUGUCUGUGGUCAACGGCCAGAAAUGCGGUGUUGGGCGGACCGACCUGAACGUGUCAACUGAGCUCGGGUUCAGAGAGCGCUGCACUGUGGGUGCCAUUGCACUUCUGACUUCCAGUCUUGUAGAGUCGUCAUUCACCUCAAGUCCGCCUUG